GAUGUUGCUCCUGCGGAUAACACAAGUUGGUCAAAAUACUCAAGAACUAUUGCCAUAUUGGCCAAAUUGGCCAUCAGUUGAUACGUAAUUUUUGUUAUGGUAUGAUCCAUUCAUAUUUAAAUAACUUUCUAUAUUUUGCUGUUUUGUGCUCUUUUCCUCAUAACACGGACUUUGGACUGAACUUGGUCGAUGUACAUAAUUUACUAAUUGAGAUUAAGAUUGUGGUGACUGGUGACUACAUGGAGUAGUUGUCCCCUAAUUUAGUCAGACGAGUGACAUAUUUUAAAAACAAUUGCAUACAAACUAGCGAAGAAGAUUACACAAUUAAUUUAAAAUGAAGGUGUUAUCAAAAAGUGAAAUUGCACAAAAUGCGACGGAGGAGGAGGAGUAUUUACAAGAUUUUCCACCAGGCCCUCUCGACGUCUACCGGAAGCAAGCUACAUUUAACUGGAAGACAAUGAAGUUGACAAUGGAGAGCGAAUCCGUUCUGAAAUUCAAACACAAAGUUUGGAAAACUUUGGAGAACGACCCAAUAUUUGCCCACAAUCCGUUAAAACCAACGCUGGAGGAAGCUCGAAGUCGUACGAUGCAGCAAGUGCUUCGGGUUUUACAACACAAGUUCUUGAGUGAAGAUGAUUUAAUGGAAAAUCCAACUCUGGAAAAUUCUCUGAUGAUGGCUUUGGGUCAAUAUGACUGGUCUUUGGGGGCAAGAAUAUCUCUACUUUUUCUAUUCUUCAAAAACACUAUUAGAGGACAAGGAACAGCGCAUCAUUACGAUCUAAUGGACAAAGUUGAUAACGCGGAGAUUACGGGUUGCUUUUGUCUAACUGAAGUAUCUCAUGGAACGAAUUCUCGUGCAUUACGAACGGAAGCAAGGUAUGAUCCAGUUCUGAAGAGGUUUGUCCUGCACUCCCCUGAUUUUGAAGCUGCCAAGGUUUGGGUCGGGAAUCUAGCAAAAGCGGCGACCCACGCAGCCGUCUUUGCCCAGUUGAUAACUCCCGACGAAACAUGUCAUGGUUUGCACUGCUUCAUUGUUCCGAUCCGUGAUCAACAUACGAUGUUGCCCUUUCCUGGCGUAAUAAUUGGUGAUAUGGGAGAAAAACUAGGACUUAACGGGAUGGAUAAUGGCUACAUGAUGUUUGACCACUACACAAUCCCUCGUGAAGCCCUUUUGAAUAAAAGUGGAGAUGUCGAUGAGGACGGAGUGUACGUCACUCCUUUCAAGGAUCCAAACAAACGCUUUGGAGCAUCGUUAGGAAAUUUAUCUGCUGGUCGGGUAGGAAUCGUGUCAAUGUGCGUGACCAACAUGAUCAAAGUUCUUCCAAUUGCGAUUCGCUACUCUGCCGUUCGACGGCAAUUUGGAGUCGGUACUGGAGAAGAGAUUCCUGUAAUUGAAUACCAGAUGCAACAGUGGCGACUUUUCCCUUAUCUCGCGGCAACUUAUGCAAUGAAAAUUUUUGGGGACUAUUUAUUCCACGAAUUUGUAAAUCACGUAAUGCUGUCCAUGUCUGGAUCGGAUAAAGAGGUGGGGGCGGCUAGAGGCGCAGAAAUCCAUGCAGUUUCCUCCGCUGCAAAACCUUUAGCAGGGUGGUUGGCUAGAGAUGCAAUUCAGGAGUGCAGGGAAGCUUGUGGAGGGCACGGCUAUUUACGAGCGGCCGGAAUUGGACCAAUGCGAGAUGACAACGAUAGUAAUUGCACGUACGAGGGCGAUAACAACGUCCUUCUCCAACAAGCAAGUAACUGGCUCAUAAAACUUUGGGGAGAAUAUAGCUCAGGCCGCACUCUGGUUAACGAGGGUCCUCUGGGGUCACUCAGCUUCUUAAACAACGUGGGUCAAACCUUAUCCUCCACUUUCAAUCCCAAUUCUUCACACCGCGACCUACUCCGACCUGAAACCUUGCUAUCGGCGUAUAAAUGGUUGGUGUGUUGGCUCUUGAAAAAUUCUGCGGAAAAAUUUCAAGUCCUCUCAUCUCAAGGGGUGGACCCUUUCACGGCUAAAAAUAACUCUCAAGUUUACAGAGCUCGAACAUUAACAUUGGCUUACAUUGAGCAUUUCGUUUUGGAAAGAUUUCUCCACAAAAUUCAAGAAACGCCAAAUUCUGACGGGGUGCGGGACGUUCUCACGAAACUUUUCCUCCUUUAUGGCUACUGGAGUCUGGAAAAGCAGUUGGCAUUUUUGUACCAAGGUGGAUAUGCCAAAGGACCGCUGGCUGCAACCUUAAUUAGAGAAACGAUACUCUCAUUGUGUGAAAUCCUGAAGCAGGACGCCGUCGCUGCAGUGGAUGCCAUUGCACCGCCAGAUUUUAUCAUAAAUUCAUGCCUGGGCAGGAGUGAUGGACAAGUGUAUAAACAUUUACAGGCUGCCAUGAUGCAAACUCCGAAAGGUUUCGAGAGGGAUGAAUGUUGGCAAGAUUUGGCAAAAUUGUUUCAGUCAAAGAUGUAACUUCAAACAAGCAUUACGCAUCAAGCAAAGAAUUUGUUGGAUUCAAGGGAUGCCCACACUUUGAGAGCGUCCCUCGACUCUUUGAAAAAUGUGGAUUGUUGGACAAGUUUGUAGUUAGAUUCCACCCCGAAGGCGAUUCUCCCACCAUUUCGACCUCAACCAAUCCACCUGUUGCCUCUUCUUCUUCCUUAUUGUCUUCGUCAAGAUAUACAGAGAACAACAAAACCUCACCAGUAUGCCAAACCCGCUCAUUGUUGGGUGCAACAAAAGCUUUGCUAAUAUGUCAACAAUCAAAAGCAAUAGUCAAGUCUUUUACCCUCACAGAGUCAAAGAACACUCCAAUUUGUGAAUGUAUGUACCUACGAGGACUUGCUUACUUACUCCGGAGAGGAGUUUAUACCAUUAUUACGUUGUGUAUGUACAUACAUUUUGAAUAAACCGUCGCAACAAACAUGAAAAUGUGGCGUCAUACAGAAAAAUGUAAAAUGACACCACAUGAAAAUUAUGUGACUUAUGACCUUUGACCUGGUCCUCAUGGUCAUUUAAUUUUAGACCAUACCCCCUGCUGCGGUGGGUGGUCCGAUUUAUCCCAUUUUCGAAUUAGAGCCAGAACUAAAAAUUAAAAGCACAAUGGCGAAAACGGUGUUUUAUUAUGCUGAGACAUUCUGGAGAAAUCUUGCUUGCAGACGGAUAGACGGACGGACAAAACGGUUAUGUUGACGCCUUCUGGAAAUAUUCUGCUUACGGACGGACGGACAAAACGAUCACAAUAAACGGCUGGCCCCACUUAAUAAAUGAAUAGGUGUAAAUGAUGUUGGUUUUUCAUGUUGUUCCCUUUGUUCCCUUUGUACAAUUUUUACGUAUGAAACUGGAAGGUUUGUGGGGUGUGGCUUUACCCAGGCGUCCAGCCUGUAAGACACCUUUCUCAACGUGAGAAUUGGGUAAAACCUGGAUUCCCGUGUCCAUGAAAAGAAAUCAACAGCAUUAUUAUUAUUUAUUGACAAUAUGUUAACAAAAUUAUUUAUUACGUGACAUUUUAGUACAGGAGAAAAAAAAACAUUGUGAAAAGUGUAUCAAUAACUAGUAACAAUGUGUGCGAUUUGAUGCAGACAUACGUGGAGAUAUCACCGGUUGUGUAUUAUUAACUA